AUGAGACAGGUUCAAUCGAAUGCCAGCGACAAUGAGUACCAGCAUGCUCUUGAGGUUGUCUUCGAUCCUCAAAACGCGUACCGCCGAAAAUCCUCCCUCGUUGCCUCAGAGGCGAUUCCUGUCCCGCAUAUGAAGAAUACAGAAUGCUACGUACAUGCAUUGUUAGAAGAGCAGAGGAAUCUGGGACGCUCAUCGACUGGCGCUCUAGACAAUAUAGCCGAAACUCUUGGAGAACAUAGAAUUGCCAACGGGGAAGAUUCUAUAGUCGAGCCCAAGACAGGUUGCGAAGAAGACAGUGUGCUAGGGCAAGAAGACGAGCAAGCAUGGAAAGAAAGGCUCCAGGCAAAAUAUCAGGAAUCCACAAAUGGCGACAGCAAGUCAGUGACGCCCAAGCAGACAGAACCAAAUGAAGUGCACAGUCGGCUAUUAACGAAGAAACAACUCUCAGAUAUGGCAUGGGGAGUCCGAGAACUAAGCAAACGGUUAGGAAGCGUACGGUUGAAAUUAAAGGUCAAGACUGUAUUCCUUCUCACGAAGGCUCAUGACGAGACACUUAUUUGGAAUACGAGGGAGGUCGCAAAGUGGUUGCUCAGUCCGGACCGACAAGUACGAUAUACGGUAUGGGUGGAGAAUACAAUGGAAGCGAACAAGAAGUUCGACGCCAAAGGCCUCUUAGAGGAGCUAGAGAAAGAAUAUACCCAGAAAAAUGGCGAGCGUGAUGGGGACAAGAAGCUAGAGAAGAGGCUGAGGUACUGGACCAACGAUAUGUGUAGAACUAGGCCACAUACGUUUGAUUUUGUGGUAACAUUAGGAGGUGAUGGAACCGUUUUAUAUGCGAGUUGGCUGUUUCAACGUAUUGUACCACCAGUCUUGAGCUUUGCAUUGGGGAGUCUGGGGUUCUUGACAAAAUUUGAUUACGCCGAAUUUCAAGAUAUCCUCACGAAGUCAUUUAGAGAUGGCGUUACAAUCAGCUUAAGGUUACGAUUUGAGGGAACCGUGAUGAGGAGUCAAAAAAGGAAGGGAUCUGUUCUGAAAGAAGGAGAAAGCGAACUAGAAGAUGGGGAAACAGACCUAAGUCGGGAUCUGGUUGAAGAAUUAGUUGGGGAGGAGAAGGAAGACGAGAGAACACAUCGACCUGAUGGCACAUACGAGAUCUUGAACGAUAUCAUCGUUGACCGAGGUCCAAAUCCAACUAUGUCUUCGACCGAAAUCUUCGGCGAUGACGAAUACUUCACAUCUGUCCAAGCAGAUGGACUCUGCAUCGCCACACCCACAGGCUCAACAGCCUAUAACCUCGCCGCAGGUGGCUCCCUCUGCCAUCCCGAAAACCCCGUCAUCCUCGUAACAGCCAUCUGCGCGCACACUCUCUCCUUCCGACCCAUCAUCUUACCAGACACGAUCGUACUCCGGAUCGGUGUCCCCUACGAUGCUCGAGCCAGUAGUUGGGCGAGCUUCGACGGCAGAGAGAGAGUAGAGUUACGGCCCGGGGAUUAUGUUACGAUUAGCGCGAGUCGAUACCCAUUUGCGAAUGUUAUGCAGCGGGGAAGGAGGUCGGAAGAUUGGGUUAAUAGCAUUAGUGGAAAGUUGGGGUGGAAUACAAGGCAGAGGCAGAAGCAGUAUAAGGAAUGGUCUGUAUGA